UGGCCGUUACUACUGCCGCUCCCACUACAGUGGCCGCUACUACUGUGGCUCCCACUACAGUCUCGCCAACUACAGUGGCCGUUACCACUGCGGCUCCCACUACAGUGGCCGCUACUACUGUGGCCGCUACUACUGUGGCUCCCACUACAGUCUCGGCUACUACAGUGGCCGCUACUACUGCUGCUCCCACUACAGUCUCGCCUACUACUGUGGCCGCUACUACGGUGGCCGCUACUACAGUGGGCGCUACUACUGCGGCUCCCACUACAGUCUCGGCUACUACAGUGGCCGCUACUACUGUGGCCGCUACCACAGGGGGCGCUACUACUGCGGCUCCCACUACAGUCUCGCCUACUACAGUGGGCGCUACUACUGCGGCUCCCACUACAGUCUCGCCUACUACUGUGGCCGCUACUACUGUGGCCGCUACUACAGUGGGCGCUACUACUGUGGCUCCCACUACAGUCUCGCCUACUACUGUGGCUCCCACUACAGUCUCGCCUACUACUGUGGCCGCUACUACUGUGGCCGCUACUACGGUGGCCGCUACUACAGUGGGCGCUACUACUGCGGCUCCCACUACAGUCUCGGCUACUACAGUGGCCGCUACCACUGUGGCUCCCACUACAGUGGCCGCUACUACUGUGGCUCCCACUACAGUCUCGGCUACUACAGUGGCCGCUACUACUGCGGCUCCCACUACAGUCUCGGCUACUACAGUGGCCGCUACUACUGCGGCUCCCACUACAGUCUCGCCUACUACUGUGGCCGCUACUACUGUGGCCGCUACUACAGUGGGCGCUACUACUGCGGCUCCCACUACAGUCUCGCUUACUACAGUGGCCGCUACUACUGUUGCUCCCACUACAGUCUCGCCUACUACAGUGGCCGCUACUACUGCGGCUCCCACUACAGUCUCGCCUACUACUGUGGCCGCUACUACUGUGGCCGCUACUACAGUGGGCGCUACUACUGCGGCUCCCACUACAGUCUCGCUUACUACAGUGGCCGCUACUACUGUGGCUCCCACUACAGUCUCGCCUACUACAGUGGCAGCUACUACUGUUGCUCCCACUACAGUCUCGCCUACUACAGUGGCCGCUAGUACUGUGGCUCCCACUGGACUCCAGGUCACUACUGUGUCGCCCACUACGGCUCAGGCUACGACUACUUCGAUAUAA